GCUGGGCAGGAAGUCAGGCGCUGGCACGGAAGUGGCGGCGUGAUGGCGGACGGGGAGGCGGCGGGGACCGACACCGGCACCGACACCGGGACCGAGACCGACACCGGCUCUGGCAGCGGCACCGGCACCGGCACCGGCACCGGCCCCUCCUGGCGCCGGCCUCAUGGCCCGCUGCAGCGCUACUACGGGCUGCCCGCCGCCGAGGCAGCGGAGGCCGCCCCGGACCCCAUCGACAUCAACGGGCCUCACUUUGACCCGGAAGUUUACCUCGCGAAGGUGCGCAGCGAGUGCCCCCUGGGGCAGUUGUUGGCCCGCGAAGCUGCGCUGGGGCGGGAGAUCCGCGCUCUCGACAGCGACAUGCAGACGCUGCUCUACGAGAACUAUAACAAGUUCAUUUCUGCCACAGACACUAUCCGAAAGAUGAAGGUUGAUUUCCGCCGCAUGGAGGCAGAGAUGGACGAUUUGGCUGCCAACAUGGCAGCCAUCAGCACCUCCAGCGCCCGUGUCAGCGCGGCGCUGCAGGACCGUCACCGCCGGGGCGCCCAGCUGGCUGGCGUGCAGGCGCUCCUGCGGAAGCUGCAGUCCCUCGUGGAGGUGCCGGGGCGGCUGCGGCGCUGGGCGGCACCGGGGGCAGAUCCUGCGCGGGCCCUGCACUGCUACGCCCGCGCCCGGGCCGUGCUGCGCCACUACCGCCACCUGCCUUCGUUCCGGGCCAUCGAGGACGAGAGCCACGCCAUCAUGGCCGAGCUGGCCCAGCGCCUCCGGGCACGCCUCCGGGACGACACCUUGGACCCCAAGGAGCUCACAGAGUGUGUGGAGAUGCUGCUGCAGCUGGAGGAGCCGCCUGAGGAGCUGUGCGAGGAGUUCCUGAGCCAUGCCGGUGCUCGCCUGGAGACCGAGCUGGCGGCGCUGGAGGCUGAGCUGCCCCCAGCCGAUCCCUCUGGCGCUGCCACCACUCCUCCCCCGGCCUCCGACAUCCUGGACUUCGUUGACCGCGGCAGCUCGGCCUUCGUGGGCAACCUGUGCCUGCUCGCAGCCUCGUACCGCAGCCUCUUCGAGGGCUGCCCGGGGGUGGGGGAAGGCCGCCUGGAGGCUUUCGCCGCUGCCCUCACCGCCCGCUACUUCGAGCUGCUGGAGCGGCGCCUGGCGCUGGAGCGGGGCCUGGGUGACACCUCGCUGCUGGUGCGGGCGCUCGACCGCUUCCACCGCCGCCUCCGCGCCCUCCUCGAGCUGCUGCCCACGGCCGGGGCCGAAGCAGGCGCUGCGCUGGUGGCCCGGGCAGCGGGCGAGCGGGUGGCCCGCUACCUGCGGGCGCUGCAGACCUUCUUCCUGGGGUGCCUGGGUGACGUGCGCCAGGCGCUGGCAGCUCCCCGGCCCCCCGGCAAAGAGGGGCCUGGGCUCCCCGACCUCCUGGCCACGCUGUCCUCCUCCGUUCUCGGCCAGCUCAAGGCCGUCCUGGCCUACGUGCAGCUCUUCACCGCCAAGGACGUGGCCUUCGCCAGCUUGCCCUACUUCAAGGGGGAGUUCUGCGUAGAGGCGGUGCGCGAAGGGCUGGUGGUGGCCUUCGUGCGCUGGCUCUGCCGCACCGCCCGGGGCUUUGCCGACAGCCCCACGGAGAGGGGAGCCCCCGCAGCACCCCCGGCACUGCUGCUGCUCCUCGCCCGCCUCUGCCUCGACUACGAGGCCACCACCAUCAGCUACAUCCUCACCCUUACCGACGAGCAGUUUCCUCCUGAGGACACAGGGCCAGCAGUGACGCCAGGCCCGGCGCUGUGCGCGGAGGCUCGGGGGGCGGCGCAGCGGCUGCUCGACCACUACGUGCAGGUGCAGGGGGCGGCGGUGGCGCAGAUGCUGCGGAAGAGCGUGGAGACGCGCGACUGGUUGGGCACCGUCGAGCCCCGCAACGUCCGCGCCGUCAUGAAGCGCGUGGUCGAGGACAUCACUGCCAUCGACGUCCAGGUGGGGCAGCUCUUCGAGGAGGGCGUGCGGCGGGCACAGAGCAGCGACUCGAGCCGGCGCGCCUUCUCCGUCUACAGCAGCUCGCGGGCGCCUGGGCGCUACGCCCCCAGCUACACCCCCAGUGCCCCGAUGGACACCCACCUGCUCAGCAACAUCCAGAAGCUCUUCUCCGAACGCAUCGACAUCUUCAGCCCUGUUGAAUUCAACAAGGUGUCGGUGCUGACGGGGAUCAUCAAGAUCAGCCUGAAGACGCUGCUGGAGUGCGUGCGGCUGCGGACGUUGGGGCGCUUCGGGCUGCAGCAGGUGCAGGUGGAUGGCCACUACCUGCAGCUCUACCUCUGGCGCUUCGCUGCUGACGAGCGCGUGGUGCAGGGGCUGCUGGACGAGGUGGCCGCCAGCGCUGCCCACCGCUGCCUCGACCCUGUCCCCAUGGAGCACAGCGUCGUCGAGCUCAUCUGCGAGCGCGGGUAGGACCUGAAGAUGCCGGGGGGACACGUGGGGAUGUGUAGGAUUGCGGGGGGCAUUGGGAUAUGGGAUAUCUGUGUUGCUGUGGGGCACAGCGGAGUUGGGGAUGUCUUUGGGAGGGCUGUGUCAUGGGUCCUGCGGCACCCCAUGUGAUCCCACACAUGCAGCAACACACGAGAACAUCCCGUGUCCCCCCAACAGUCCUGGUGACACCCCACAUUGUCCCCCCUGCGUCCCGGUGAUGCCAAUCCUGUGUUGUACCUGCCACCCCAGUGCCAUGCCACGUCAUUCCACUACCUUGGUGACUUCCCCCGAUGCCUGGGGCAUGCCGGGUGCAGCCCCUGUGUCAUGGUUGAGGACAAUAAAUAAAAUGCAUGUGAGCUCUG